GGGGAAGACUUUAACUAGGGGCGCGCAGAUGUGUGAGACCUUUUAUUGUGAGAGUGGACAGACAUCCCAGAUAUCAGAGCCCUAUAUUCGAGCCUCGUGGGAUACCGCGGCCCCCAGCCAGCGCCAGCAUGCAGAACAGUCACAGCGGAGUGAAUCAGCUCGGUGGUGUCUUUGUCAACGGGCGGCCACUGCCGGACUCCACCCGGCAGAAGAUCGUAGAGCUAGCUCACAGCGGGGCCCGGCCGUGCGACAUUUCCCGAAUUCUGCAGACCCAUGCAGAUGCAAAAGUCCAAGUGCUGGACAAUCAAAACGUGUCCAACGGAUGUGUGAGUAAAAUUCUGGGCAGGUAUUACGAGACUGGCUCCAUCAGACCCAGGGCAAUCGGUGGUAGUAAACCGAGAGUAGCGACUCCAGAAGUUGUAAGCAAAAUAGCCCAGUAUAAGCGGGAGUGCCCGUCCAUCUUUGCUUGGGAAAUCCGAGACAGAUUACUGUCCGAGGGGGUCUGUACCAACGAUAACAUACCAAGUGUGUCAUCAAUAAACAGAGUUCUUCGCAACCUGGCUAGCGAAAAGCAACAGAUGGGCGCAGACGGCAUGUAUGAUAAACUAAGGAUGUUGAACGGGCAGACCGGAAGCUGGGGCACCCGCCCGGGUUGGUAUCCGGGAACAUCAGUGCCAGGGCAACCUACGCAAGAUGGCUGCCAGCAGCAGGAAGGAGGGGGAGAGAAUACCAACUCCAUCAGUUCCAAUGGAGAAGAUUCAGAUGAGGCCCAAAUGCGACUUCAGCUGAAGCGGAAGCUGCAAAGAAAUAGAACAUCCUUUACCCAAGAGCAAAUUGAGGCCCUGGAGAAAGAGUUUGAGAGAACCCAUUAUCCAGAUGUGUUUGCCCGAGAAAGACUAGCGGCCAAAAUAGAUCUACCUGAAGCGAGAAUACAGGUAUGGUUUUCUAAUCGAAGGGCCAAAUGGAGAAGAGAAGAAAAGCUGAGGAAUCAGAGAAGACAAGCCAGCAACACACCUAGUCAUAUUCCCAUCAGCAGCAGUUUCAGCACCAGCGUCUACCAACCCAUCCCACAACCCACCACGCCUGUUUCCUCCUUCACCUCCGGCUCCAUGUUGGGCCGAACAGACACAGCCCUCACAAACACGUACAGUGCUCUGCCGCCCAUGCCCAGCUUCACCAUGGCGAAUAAUCUGCCUAUGCAACCCCCAGUCCCUAGCCAGACCUCCUCGUACUCCUGCAUGCUGCCCACCAGCCCUUCGGUGAACGGGCGGAGUUAUGAUACCUACACCCCCCCACACAUGCAGACACACAUGAACAGCCAGCCGAUGGGCACCUCGGGCGCCACUUCCACAGGACUCAUUUCCCCUGGUGUGUCAGUUCCAGUUCAAGUUCCUGGAAGUGAACCUGAUAUGUCUCAAUAUUGGCCAAGAUUACAGUAAAAAAAAAAAAUCAAAAAAACAAACAAAAAGAAUAUAUUGUGUUAAUUCAGUCAGUGACUAUGUGGACACAGCAGUUGGGCGUUCAGGAAGGAAAGAAAAAUGGCUGUUAGAAGCACUUCGGUUCUGCAGUUGUGUCCUGUGUUGUACCACUGGGGAAUGGACUUGAAAACAAGGACCUUUGUAUACAGAAGGCACGAUGUCAGUUGGAACAAAUCUUCAUUUUGGUAUCCAAACUUUUAUUCAUUUUGGUGUAUUAUUUGUAAAUGGGCAUUUGUAUGUUAUAAUGAAAAAAGAACAACGUAGACUGGAUGGAUGUUUGAUCUCUGUUGAUCAUGAAGUUGUUUAAAAAAAAAAGGAAAUCAUGAUCGACAAGCUUUGCCACGAAUUUAAGAGUUUUA